GCUUUCGACGAAAUCCAAAUCAUCGACUGAAGAUGAGUCGUAUUUAUGACAACACUGCGUUGUUAAACAAACCUGUGCACAACGAGAAACUAUCCUUCACGUGGGAUCCAAUAGUUCACCAGAGUGGUCAUGGGGUGAUUUUAGAAGGGACGGUUGUGGACUUUUCACGCCAUGCCAUAACAGAUGUGAAAAACAGAAAGGAGCGUUAUAAUGUUUUGUACAUCAAACCAAGCCGUGUCCAUCGCAGAAAAUAUGAUUCAAAAGGAAACGAAAUUGAACCUAAUUUCAGUGAUACCAAGAAGGUCAACACAGGUUUUCUGAUGUCCUCCUACAAAGUAGAAGCUAAAGGUGAAACAGAUUGUCUAGAUGAGCGCCAGCUUCGUGAAAUUGUGAAUAAGGAGCAGCUGGUUAAAGUAACCAUAAAACAUUGUCCUCGUGAGGCCUUUGCUUUCUGGAUCUCAGAGGCGGAGAUGGACAAAACAGAGCUUGAGCCCGGCCAAGAAGUCCGCCUUAAAACGAAAGGAGAUGGGCCAUUCAUAUUUUCCUUCGCCAAAUUGGACAGCGGCACAGUAACAAAAUGCAACUUUGCUGGAGAUGAAAACGCCGGGGCAUCGUGGACAGAGAAAAUAAUGGCAAACAAAUCCAACCAGGAAAAUACAGGGAAAAGUGCCGCUCAGGGUGAGGGAGCGGACGAUGAUGAAUGGGAUGACUGAACAACACCCUUGAGCUUCCAGGACUGCAUCACAGUGCCUUUUCUGUGUAUUUACACCACACAGUCAGUAUUCCUAUAUUAGCAUGUGGAAAUAUUACAAAUAAACAGCAAAAGUGCCAUUUUAUAAUAGCAACUUGUAUGCAUUAAGUAUUUUAUAUAUGUACAGCGGGUAAAAUAAGUAUUGAACACAUCAUGAUUUCUUCUGUUAAAUAUAUUUCUGAAGGAGCUGUUGACAUGAAAUUGACCCAGAUUUUGGUAAAAGCCCAAACAUACAAA